GUUUUGCAAGCGUUCCCAGAAGUCUGGGGAUGUUGCGCCUCUGGGUUUAGAAACUCUUUGCGAGUCCUAACCGCGUCCCACCGAGGUAUUACUAUGGCGACGAGAGUGUUUGGUGGAUGUUCUGUAGGUGAAACAACAGCCCUGUUUUUAAUGGAGAAGUGAUGGAAGUGGCACACACUGCAUCAGAGACAUUCACAGACAGUCAAAGGAAGAAGACCCCUCUUCCACUGUGCCGACUGGUGGAGGACAGAAAAAGAAGUCCCUCUGAUGUCCCUCAUCACCUACUAGAGACCCAAACCUAUACCAAACUCAAGAGCAACAGUGCAAUCGAAGCAGAACCCUCAGCACUUCACUUCAGUGGGUUUAAACUGGGGAAGGACUAUCACAGGAGCCUGAAAUUGAUCAACAUAUCAUCUGAAGUGAUCAACAUUCACAUUAUCCCCACCCAAACAAAGCAUUUCAAAACAAAAUAUUUAAAAAAGCAUCGUCUUGUCCCUGGACUGUCCUACACAGUGAAGGUACACUUCUGUCCUGACGAAUGGCGCUACUUCUACGACUGUAUUCGGAUUCAUUGCAAGGGGGAAGAGAACUUACAGGUUCCAGUCCAUGCCUAUCCCAUCAUCGAUGACUUGCACAUCCCAACACACAUCACCAUACCAGCUGUCCCGCUGGGCCAGAGUGUCAGCCAUGUGAUCCCUCUGAGCUGCAGCUGUCCCAUUGACUUUGAGUUCCAGGUGCACAUCAUCCAGCCACACAAGGCCUUCUCUGUCCAGCCCCUGUCAGGAGUGAUUCCAGCCAAUGGGAAGGUGGAGGUGACCGUCACAUUCAGGCCGUUCAAGUAUGACACGUCCCAGGUCACUCUACAGGUGGUCAUCUCCCAGUUCAACUCCAAACCCUACGUCUGCACCCUCAGCGGGUCCUCCUCGCCCCGCCUGGCACUCAGUCAACAGGAGAAAGACAUGGCACACGCAAGAGAAGUUUUGUUUGUUGACAGUCGAGAGCCUCCACCUGUCUCCUUGAUACAGCCUCUGACCAAAACCAAGCAGAGGUCAAUGCGGACACCUGAAAAGUCAAAGACCGUAAGGGAGAGAAGAGAGAGUGAUGUGAAGCUGAGCCUGAAGACUGCAGUUGAUGUGUCCACCCCUGCUGGAGUGGUCAAGAUACUGAUACAACAGACUGAUAAACUGAGCUCUAAAGACCUGAGGGAAGCCAUGAUGUCCCAACCUAAGCUGGGCCUCCAGACAAGACAGAUGAAGGAGGCGCUCUUUGAGACCAGGGUUCAACAGGACAUCCAGGAGGAGAGAGCCAAUCAUCUCAGAUGGCAAGUUCACCUUGGGAAGGAUCCUGUCUCGACACAGACCAAAAUGCAGGUUUUGGAGGAGAGAGAUGUUGCAGAUUUUGAAUAUAUGGUUAGAAAAGGAGAGGUGAGGGAGGAGAGGGACUUUGCAAGAGGCCAACCUAAGCUCUCUACCAGACGGGUCCUGCGUAACACAGGCCAGGCACCGGUGGGCACGCCUUCCUUUCGCAUGUACUCCAGCAGUCAUCUGGAGAUCAGGCAGAGAGCUCUGAGGCUCUUCCAGCAGGCAGCCCGCAAGGUGGUGAUUCAAUGUCGUGUGAACAACAGACUGGUCUCGUUGAGGAGGCUGAUUCGAAGCUUGAAGCGCCUGUCCACAGGAGUAAGAGUUGAGGAGGAGACCUUUCAUCUCCCGAAGAUCUCACCAGACAGCGUGAUUCCGUUCACAUUCCCUAUCUUCUCUCUUCCUAACCAGUCUGAUGAACUGGCUCCCAAUGCAUUGGGUGCCGUCCCUGUUAGGCCUAUUGAGGUCCUGGUCAAACGACACACUCCAUUCUUCAAUCUGAAGGUUCCCCAGCACUACAAGUUAAUGGGGUACCAGCCUGUUUCGGCCUUUGAGGCUGCCGCUAGCUACAUUCCCCCAACCCAGCCCAGGACGCUAUGCACUGGGGCACAGGAUGAAUUGUUGCCCAGAGUGAUCCGUUCUCCCUCGGGGUGUGCAGUGGCCAAGCCAGAGGGCGAGGAGGAUGUGGAGCAAGAGGACGAGUUUCCCAGUCUGAGCUUCACGGCCCCCACCGCCCUGCUGAAGCCUCCCUACGCCCACCCCCUCAGAAUCUUUAACCCAGCCCCCGGUCUCCAUGCCUUCAAAGCAGACCCCCUCUACCUAGAGUGUGAUCUGGAGUUCCACCUGUGUCCACUGCCCCGGUACACCAUCCCAAAGCCCUCUGUGUUUGGAAUGCACACCCCCAGCACUCAGAAGAAAUUUUUGGACCGAACAGAUGUGAUCCGAGGUGUGAUGACCUGGAAGAAGUUCCCAUCGGCCGCCCUGGCCGCUCUGUCCAACACUCCCACACUCACCAGUAGCUGGGCCCCGCGCGUGUCUGACCCCUUCAACAGUGACAUUCUGCCCACCCUGGCGCCCACAGCUCUGAAUGGCCUUCCAGAAGAUAUGACAGAGGAGCUACUGGAUGGACAAUCUGAAAGCACGGGAGUAUCUCUCACGCCUGAGAUGAUCCGAGCUGAGUUUCCCCUGCCAGAGAAUGUACCUUCCACUCCCAGACAGCUGAAAGACGACAGCUUUAAAGAUGACAGCAGUUCCCUGAGUCCCUGUAAAACUCCCCAGAUGAUGCCUCUCAGUACAGCAAACAUCUCCAGGGAAUCAAGAGAGCAGCAGCUGGAGAUGUUUCUGAAGUCUCAGACCAAUAGACUUGGUGCCAAGGUGAUGGCGCGACUCAACCACCUGAAUAUUGUGGGCAAGGCUAAUUCACCCUCUACACCAGAGAAUAAAUAGUGCUAUAUUUGUUAUGAGGCACUUAAGGUUGAUGCAGGAAAUGUCAGAUUACAGUACCAACAUACAUUGACUGAUAUAUUUCAUAUAAUACAUUUCACUGUAAAAUACAUCAUUACUGUAGCUGCUAAGUGCUAUUGUAUAGUUACCACACCACUGAUGCUGUGCCCAUUGUCUUGCAUUGACACUGACCAAUUCAUCCAAGGACAUUUUCAUUUAAAAACAGUCUUUAUGUACUUUAAAGUUUGGCUUCUUGUUUUAUUUAAUUAAUGACUGGCCUUUCUGGCAAAUAAAAUAAA